GGGUGUUGUAAUCCACAACUGCCUUUGCAUCCCUUUUGUAAAGCUCUUUGGGACUCUGAAUACCGUCAUGCUAUGCCGCUCUUCCUGUAGUUGGCUUUAGAGGCUCGUCAGCACAGUGGUAAUGAAAGAAGGAAGUGGGAGCCGGUGUGUUAUAAAUGGUCAUAUAUGUAAAGAAAGUAGUGGUUUAGAUCGCUUUCCUGCAGCUGUCUUAUUGUAGGAUCGUUUGCCAUUCUCAUCUCUGUAGAAUUCAUCUUAAGUUAAAAGAUAUGGCGGGAGAAAUGACUAUCCUGGGUUCAGCUGUUCUGGCAUUGCUACUGGCUGGCUACUUAGCACAACAGUACCUACCUCCACCUACUCCCCGAGUGAUUGGUGUUGACCUAGGGACCACAUUCUGUUCUGUUGGGGUGUUCCUUCCUGGAACUGGGAAUGUAGAAGUCAUUCCGAACGAAGCUGGCCAGAGGAGCAUACCCAGCCUAGUUUCCUUUACGGACUCUGACAUAUACAUAGGACAUGAAGCUGCAGACUUUGCCGAUGCCAAUCCACAGAAUACAAUAUAUGAUGCAAAACGAUUUAUAGGAAAACUCUUUACACCUGAAGAAUUGAUGUUGGAAAGCAGUCGAUACCCCUUUAAGGUAAUAUGCGAUAAUGGAGAAGCAGAAUUCCUCAUUUCAACCAACGAAACCUACCCCGUUUCCCCAGAAUAUAUCGGUUCCCUGCUUUUGCUAAAGUUAAAGAAGAUGGCAGAGAUGCGUCUUGGUAUACCAGUGUCCAAGGCUGUGAUUUCUGUGCCUGCAGAAUUUGAUGAACAGCAGAGACAGGCAACUGUUAAGGCAGCUAAUCUUGCAGGUCUUGAUAUAUUGCGAGUUAUUAAUGAGCCAACAGCUGCAGCAAUGGCCUAUGGUCUCCACAAAGUGGAUGUGUUUAAUGUCCUUGUUGUCGAUUUGGGUGGCGGGACUUUGGAUGUCUCUCUACUGAACAAACAGGGUGGAAUGUUCCUUACAAGAGCAAUGGCAGGUAACAACAAGCUUGGAGGACAAGACUUCAACCAACGUUUGCUUCAGUAUUUACUGGAACGGAUCCACACGCGUCAUGGUUCUGUACCUGCUACAAAGGAAGACCUCCAUCGUUUGCGUCAGGCUGUAGAAUGGACCAAGCUUAACUUGACGUUUUGUAAUACAUCCUUAAUUAAUGUAUCCCUUUCCUUAACAGAUGUCCAGAAGCAGGAAGAGUCCUCUAGUAAGGAGCAUGCUACACAAAGCAUUCUCUUCAAGGAAGAGGUUUCCAGAGAAGUAUUUGAGAACCUGAAUGAGGAUCUUUUCCAAAAAAUACUUGUACCUAUAGAACAGGUGCUAAAGGAGGGACAUUUGGACAAGUCCGAGGUAGAUGAGAUCGUACUGGUAGGAGGAUCGACACGAAUCCCUCGGAUACGCCAAGUAAUCAGACAUUUUUUUGGGAAGGACCCUAACACCUCUGUCGACCCGGAUCUGGCAGUGGUGAUAGGAGUGUCUGUACAGGCAGGAAUCAUGGCUGGAUCAUGGCCUUUACAAGUCAGUGCUCUUGAAAUACCCAACAGACAUUUACGUAAAACAAACUUUAACUAAAAGCCGGCUUUAGUUUGGUCAGAAUUACAGUCUAAAAGGGAUACUGCGGUGUGUUUUUGGUUGCACAAAAGUACAGUUAGUGUUAAGCCUUUGUACUGUAAGUUCUGUAGCUAGCCUUAAGAGUCAGUAAGGCCUUCUUUUAAUAGUUGGCCAUUUUACAUAUAAUGCUAUGAUUGGUGCAAACUACUUCAGCAUUCCACAAAAGAAUGCACUUACUAUGUUUUUAGACUGUAGAGCACAUGAAAAUGCCAGCAUUGAAAUGUUUAAUUUCUGACACUGUGCAAUUUUUUAAAUGUGAGUGUUAAAAGUGGCCUGUAGACAUUUUUUGUCUGUUUUAAAUGCCCUUACUUUUCUAAGGGUAAGUAGCCAUCAUUUUGUGAAGGACAAAGUCUAAGGGCCUUCCAGUCAUUUUCUAAAAGUAGCUUCUUUAUCCUUUUGAUGUUCUUCGUGUUUCACUGUUGCAGUCAUAACUGUAGGGUGUUCCUGCUGGCAGGCAGCCC